AGUUUAGUUACACAUUCAUCCAUUCUCUUGUCCCCCCCAGCAGAGCUUCAAUACCAUGCCCUUCUCCCCGCCAACGCGGUAUCCAGAGCCGGAGCCCUCCCAAGGCCUCAACCACUCAUAUUACCAUCCUGACGAGCCUCUCGACUCGUCUCAAGGUGCUUCAUCAUCUCGUCGCCGAUCCGAAAAGAGCCGUCGACCCCCGUCUCCCGGGUAUUCGCCCGACGACGACCGCAAAUCCCGGCGCGGCAGCCGUCGCGAGCCGUCACCAGGAUAUGCAGAUGCGAAGCCAUCCCGCAGUCGCAGAUAUCCAGACCCGCCGCCCUUCGCUGCACCCUCUCCUCCGCCACAGCGAGACCUUCGCUCGUCCCGCCGUGACCGCGACCGUGAUCGCGACGCUUAUUCGCCGAGGGACUCACCGAGAGAUUCGCAGCGAGAUUCGCGCCCCCGAGAUGCUGACCGACGCUCACGAGACAUGUACCCCCCUCCUCCGUCAGAGCCACGUGAGCGCCGUCACAGGUCCUCGCGCCGCGAGCCAUCCCCAGAAGCACCCCGGCGCUCUCGAUAUGCCUCUCCAGAACCCAAGAGUCGUUCUUCACGAGGCCUCCCGACACCCCAGUUCGAUGACCGGAGCAGCAAGGACCCUCGUUCCUCUCGCCGGUCCCGUGGAGGGGCAUCAUCACCGCCGCCGCAGCAGUCAUCACGCUCUCGCAGCGCUAUAGGUCCCCGCGAUGACGGCGGAAGAGAUGGACGAGAGCGGCGACAUCGCUCACAGCCACGUUCACAGCCUCGCGACAUGGAUGCGAGCCACGUCUCAAGUCGUAGCCGGGACCGGGACCGGGAUCGAGGCCAUGAUCGCAGCGGCCGUGAUCGUGCACCGGCCACCAGCGGUGGUCACAACUCCUCACUCAAGCGCCGCAGCACCAUGCCUGCAGUGGCCAACUCGAGCGCAAAACGCACAGGCGGCAGCAACACCGCCUGGUGGAAGAGCCCACUGGUCCAGGCCGGCGCUCGCACCGCCUUCGCUGCUGGUGCCCAGGCCUUUAUGCAGAACCGCAAAGAAGCCGGUCCUUGGCUUGGGGCAAAGGGAGCCAAGGUUGCUACGGCUGCUCUGACGGCUGCCUUGGCUGACGGACUGGCUGGCGCUGGCAACAAGAGGCGUUGAUGAGGAGUCAUGUGCCAGGGACGACGAGUCACCUUUUCUCCCUUUCUUUUCUAUUUGUUCUGUUAUGCGACAGCGAUGAUUAUGACGACGAUGGCGGCAAUGGCUUUGUUUUAUGUUUGAUCAACUUCGCAAACUGGUUUUGCCCACGGAGGACUUUUUACCCACACGACGAUACGAAUUCAACAGAUCUAAGGCGUUUAACAGAGCGCUACUACUGCUAGUUUUAUUUUAUUUUGCUCUCCUUCUUGGUGCGAGAUCAAGAUAGACGGCUCCAUUUCAAGGAUACCUCUUCUCUCACGGGAUAUACAUGCGGCGGCAUAAUUCUCCUUUCCUCACGACGACGACUUUGACAAAUUUUCUCAUCCUUUAGCCAAUCCCACUUUCCACUUGCGGUAGAUAGCUAUGUAUGAUAAUAUAGGAAAUAUAGGGUAGCUUAUACCAACCAAUUCUUACC